AUGCCUUCCUACGAAUUCCUGUCCCUCGCUACCAAGCCAUCCGCAAAGCUAUGUUACAGCUUUCAGCCCGCUGUAGGCACGGAUAAGCCAGCUCUAGUCGUUUUUGUCAAUGGUUUGGGGCUACCACAGACAUCCUGGGAGGGCGCAAUCGCUCGCCUGCAAGCUCAGCCUCCCGCGGGCGGUCUGCCCGCCAUGUUGACCUAUGAUCGGUACGGUCAGGGCCAAACCACAGACCGGGACCCUGACGACGUGAAAUCUGAGGAUCCCAUGCAUGGUCAUGAUACGUUGGCCGUUGUUCGAGAUUUGCGUCAACUUAUUACACAAAUUGCUUCGGAGAAGCUGUGUGUAUCCGACCUCAGUCGUCUCCCCCUCGUUUUGGUUUCGAACUCGAUUGGCGGUGCAUUGGUGCGUCUUUACGCGCAGGAAUAUCCUGGAACAGUGGCAGGGCUGCUCUUCCUGGACAGUGUGCUCGCCAAUUCCGACUUUAUCUCUAUUUAUCCUGACCCUGAUGCACCUGGCUUCGACACGACCAGCUUGCCAGAGGGCGUCUCGGUGGAUGCGAUCCGUGAUGCUCGGGCAUACAUGCAGCGGGUCUUCCAUCCCAGCAAUGGCAGCCGUGAGGGCCUCAGUCGGAAGAAUUUGGCGGAACUUCUCCCGAACAGCGAUGGUCCUAGAUUGCAGGGUCCAGAUGGUCAGGGCCCGUGGGUGACGGUUAUUGGUCACGAGUUCGAGACGUUCAAGGUCGAGUUUGAGAAGAUGGGCGGUGCACCACCAAGGCUGACGGAAGUGUAUAUGAACCCCUACUGGCACCGCUUCAAUGAAGGGUUGGCCAAGCUCACCGACUCGGAACGCAGUAAAGGCCCGCUCCAGGCUCCGGGAGCCGGCCACUUUGUGCAGCGGGAUAACCCGGACCUUGUGGCCAACGAACUUCGCGAAAUGCUUGAUAAGGCUAUCUGAUCCCCUGGAUGUCUUAGCCCAAGAUCCUUUAUACAUGAAUACAAUGGCGGUGAUAUAGAG